AUGAAUUGUUCGUAUGUGAUUUACUUGGUGUGCUGCACGAUCAACGUAGACGGCUUUAACGUAUUUUACGUCCUGGCCCUUUUGCAAGCAUUUGCUUUUGGUGUUCUGAGCUGGGCCCUUACUGCGACGAUCUGUAUCAACGCGUUGAUGAAUUUGACCAGAAACGAGAUGAUCAACCAUAAAAAGUACACGUACCUAAAAAACAGCAGAGGCAAAUACUACAACCCGUUCUCCAGAGGCAUCGUAAUCAACGUUUUGGAGUUCUUCGGGUGUACGCAAAACAGGACGAAUUUCGAGGGUGAUAGAUAUAAUAGUUACGAUUGA